UAAUGCUCAGAGCCGCCAGCUGCGGUCUCUCCAGAGGAACUGACUUUGUUAGUCCCUCCCGAGUGGGAUCCCCUUCGUGGGCUCACCUCCCGUCCCCCCCACCGCCAGCUCGGCCGGUCCCGUCUCCCAGUGAGCUGUUUGCACUGGGCCCCGUUUCCGGGGGAAACCAAACCCAGGGCCAGAGCAGCCCCGCACACCUUGCAGGCUUCCUCGGCAGCCGCGUCCUACGCACCACCGUCUGCAGAAAGGGGCGAGCCUGCUGGGGAAAUGUGACCGCUGCGUGGACGGACCGCGGAGGGUGUGAAGGAGGAUUCUUCGGUUUCUUUAGCUCUUCAGCGAAAAAAUCAGUGGCAUCGAAGGAACGAGACUAGAUGACGAGUUCCUUGACAUGGAGAGGAAAAUAGAUGUCACCAAUAAAGCUGUCGCAGAAAUCCUUUCAAAAGCCACGGAAUAUCUUCAGCCGAAUCCAGCAUACAGAGCUAAGCUAGGAAUGCUGAACACUGUGUCGAAGAUCCGAGGGCAGGUGAAGACCACCGGGUACCCGCAGACGGAGGGCUUGCUGGGCGACUGCAUGCUGAAGUACGGCCGGGAGCUCGGCGACGGCUCCGCCUUCGGCGGCGCGCUGAUAGAUGUUGGCGAAUCCAUGAAGCUCAUGGCCGAGGUGAAAGACGCCCUUGAUAUUAACGUAAAGCAAACAUUUAUUGAUCCACUUCAGUUACUGCAAGACAAAGACUUAAAAGAGAUCGGGCACCACCUGAAGAAGCUGGAGGGCCGGCGCCUGGACUACGAUUAUAAGAAGAAGCGAGUAGGUAAGAUUCCAGACGAAGAAGUCAGACAAGCGGUAGAAAAAUUUGAAGAGUCAAAGGAGCUGGCUGAACGGAGCAUGUUUAAUUUUUUAGAAAACGAUGUAGAACAAGUCAGCCAGCUGGCCGUGUUUGUAGAGGCUGCGCUAGACUACCACAGGCAGUCCACCGAGAUCCUGCAGGAGCUGCAGAGCAAGCUGCAGAUGCGGAUAUCGGUCGCAUCCACCCUGCCCAAGCGAGAGUACAAGCCGCGGCCCCUGAAACGGAGUCCCAGCGAGCUCAACGGGGUGCCCACCUCCUCCACGGCGAAGUCAACAGGCCCCCACGCCCCGCCGGACCAGCCCUGCUGCCGCGGCCUCUACGACUUCGAGCCAGAGAACCAGGGAGAGCUAGGGUUUAAAGAAGGGGACAUCAUCACGCUGACGAGCCAGAUAGACGAGAACUGGUACGAGGGGACUCUCCGCGGGGAGUCCGGGUUCUUCCCCAUCAACUACGUGGACGUGGUCGUGCCUUUGCCUCCGUGAGCGUGUGGCCCGGACGCCGGACCAGCCCUCGGCCCGAGAGGAAGGCCCGCCCCCCCCAUGUCCCGCCGCCCACCCCCCACCCCGCACCGCGUGGCGGCCCGUGACAUCCUCGCGCUGUGACCGGCUUAACCACUUUUGUACGUGUGUUCCCUUUAUAACGUAUUUUAUAUCGAUGCCGUUUGUAUAAAUGACCUUCUUGUGGUAGCUCCCUGAAGAUAGAGCUUUUCUUUCUUUGCUUGUCGCCCUCGACGCCGUGGGCCCCACCCACGGACGGAUGUGCUUUCGGUCGCUAGAAAUAAAUCGGGCCCGUGGCGGCGCACGUCGGCGGAUCGCCAGACGCAGGAUCCAAGCGGAAGAAAUGCCGAAGGCUCUCCUUCUCCACGUGACUGGUGGCGGCCGGUCCCGUCCCUGCCUCCUGUGUUUGCUGACCUUGAAUAGCCCAAUAAAUG